AUGGUUCGAGAGGAAGUAGUAGGAUCCACUCGAACACUACGGUGGAAAUGUGUUGAAUCAAGAGUAGACAGUAAGCGUCUUUAUUAUGGUCGUUUCAUUCUGUCCCCGCUUAUGAAAGGUCAAGCCGAUACCAUAGGUAUUGCCAUGCGAAGGGCUUUACUUGGAGAAAUAGAAGGAACAUGUAUCACACGUGCAAAAUCUGAGAAAGUAGCACAUGAAUAUUCUACGAUAGUAGGUAUUGAAGAAUCAGUACAUGAAAUUUUACUAAAUUUGAAAGAAAUUAUAUUGAGAAGUAAUCUGUAUGGAGUUAUAGACGCAUCCAUCUGCGUCAGGGGGCCUAGAUACGUAACCGCUCAAGAUAUCAUCUCACCACCUUACGUGGAAAUAGUUGACACGACACAACAUAUAGCUAACCUGACGGAACCAAUUGAUUUGUGUAUUGAAUUACAAAUCAAGAGAGAUCGCGGAUAUCGUAUGAAAUCCGCAAAUAACUCUCAAGAUGGAAGUUAUCCUAUAGAUGCUGUAUCCAUGCCUGUUCGAAAUGCGAAUCAUAGUAUUCAUUCUUAUGGGAAUGGGAAUGAAAAACAAGAGAUACUUUUUCUAGAAAUAUGGACGAAUGGAAGUUUAACUCCUAAGGAAGCACUUUAUGAAGCUUCUCGUAAUUUGAUUGAUUUAUUUAUUCCUUUUCUACAUGCGGAGGAAGAGGACAUUAAUUUCGAAGAAAAUAAAAACAGGUUUCCUCUACCCCUUUUUACCUUUCAAAAUAGAUUAACUAAUCUAAAGAAAAACAAAAAAGGAAUUCCAUUGAAAUGUAUUUUUAUUGACCAAUCAGAAUUGCCUUCCAGGACCUAUAACUGUCUCAAAGGGUCCAAUAUACAUACAUUAUCGGACCUUUUGAGUAACAGUCAAGAAGAUCUUAUGAGAAUUAAAUUUUUUCGAAUAGAAGAUGUAAAACAGAUAUUGGACACUCUACAGAAGUAUUUCGCAAUUGAUUUAUCUAAGAAUAAGAAUAAGUUUUCAUUUUAA